AACAGGAGAGCGCACGUACAGUCAGUCGCGUUGUCAGUCGGUAAACGUACGCCGUGUCGUAUGGUUUGGUCGUUCGAAUAUCAGUUGGGGGGGGCAAGUGUACGCGUGUGUUGCCCAUUUACCGAACUUGAGCACAAGUUCUUCAACGCGUCGCGCGUAUUCGUUUUCUCUGUAUGUCGUGUUGUUGUGCUCGUCCUUCGUGCGCCAACGGGACCCUGGUCUCGAUAUGAUGAAUAUAAUAAUGCAGUGAAGUGAAACGUGUCCUGGGCGCGGCGGCGAUUCCGGCAGAAGGAAGGAAGGAAAGUCUGGUAGAAGCUGGCCGGCAUGUGCACGCAGUUCUGCCGCGGCACCACCACUGCUGCUGUCAUACUGGCGAUGUUCCUCUGCCGGAUUUGCUCCGCCGAGGAGCAGCCAGGUUCUUCCGGUGGAUCCGGUCUCCUGGAACCUUGCAAUGUCACCGCCGACGGACGGGAGUUCUCCUGCCGCGGGGCUGGAUUCUUGUCCAUCCUGGAGCCUCUCGAUGUCACUGUACUUCCAUCCACAGUCAAUCUUACCAAACUAGAUCUAACAAGCAACAACAUAACAGACAUUCCAGCCCGUGCCUUCCAUCGAACAUUCAAUCUUGAAGUGUUAUUGCUUCGACGAAAUCGUUUGCACAUGAUCGCCGACGAUGCAUUUACGAACUUAACGAGCCUUCGAGUAUUGGAGCUCGAUGACAAUUAUUUAACAAAAAUUCCGACCGCGAUCGUUAAGCUCUCUGGCCUUGAAGACCUGUCCCUGUCAAACAAUCGGAUCGAAACUCUGGAGGAGCAUGUUUUUCAGCGCGUUACUAAUCUAUUGUCGCUCGAUUUACGCGGAAAUCCCAUCAAAGAGAUACAUGGGAACGCUUUCCGGAAUCUACGCAAACUCCGUAAACUGAUCCUCUCGAAUCUGAAAGAAUUACGGAUAUUUCCGAAUUUAAACGGAACGAGAUCUUUGGAAGUGUUGAGGCUAGAUCGUGCACAAGUGACCAACGUCCCGAUAAAUUUAUGCGAACAAUGUCCAAAGUUAAAAAGUCUUGACGUGAAAUCAAAUUUUCUAACGGAGGUACCAAAUUUACAAAAUUGCAGCGAACUGAGGGUUUUGGACUUGGCCAGUAAUAUGAUCCCGUCGUUGCCGGAUGAGUCAUUCAAAGGUCUGAGCAUGUUGCACGAUCUGCUUCUGUCGAACAACAAAUUGCAAGUGAUCCCAAGCGGCGCGUUCACCGGGUUGUCGAGGCUGCAGGUGUUGGAUCUGGAGAGUAAUUACAUCGAGUAUAUUCACCCGGACGCGUUUAAAGAGAUGAAGCAUUUAGAGGAUCUAAAUCUUGGGAACAACGUAUUUCCAGCACUGCCAACGUCGGGGCUGUCAGGCCUAUUGCACCUUAAAACGUUCAACAAUCCAGCAUUGAGAGAAUUCCCGGCUCCCGAGAGGUUUCCACGCGUGCAAACGAUGGUAUUGUCAUACGCUUAUCACUGUUGCUCGUUCUUGUCGAUAGAGGUAGAGGAUCCGGUGACCAAAUCCUCCGUUCAAGAGUCCAUCUUUUUCCCUACUGACAAUGACUUCGAUAUGAGCCUGUGGAACUCAAGCUUCACCGAUAUCUGGCCACAGUUGAGUAAGUAAUCUAGUUCAAUCGACUAAUUCCCUCGUUGUGAUCCUUGGAGCUUUCACGGUCUGGAUCCUUCAAGUUGAUCCCACUGGUUUUAGAUCUCUACUUGCUUUGUAUUUACCAUUGCUCUUUCAAGAGAUAUUUCCUCAUCUUCUUAUUAAUGUUACAAUUUGUUUAACCUCCAAUAGGU